CACAGCACACUAGACCCACGCUACUGAGACACGCUAGCAACAGUAGAGCCUCUGAAUCCGCUCUGCCCCAAUCACACACUGGCUAACAGAUCACUUCACACACACACAGCCCUCCCUUCUCCUCCUCUUCAUCCUCCUCCUCUCUCUCUCUUUCGCUCACUCGCUCCUCUCGCUUACUCGCUUUCUCCAUCACUCGCUCUCCCUCGUUCUCUUGCUCUGAACACUUCCUUUGGUAGCUGAGGAGUGUGUGACUGUGUGUGUGUCCAGUGCAGGGAUAGCAGCGGAGAGAGAGAGAGAUAAAGACGGAGACAGAGACAGAAUGCCAGCAGAGUGACAGCCAGCAGUCAGUAACAGGACAGAGAGAGAAGAGAGAGGACCUUGAGACUACGACUAACUGGUAUCAAUGUGAAGAGGUCUCAGAGAUCCAACGACAAGGUCAGAAACAGACACAAGACCGGGACCAAGCGUGAAGAAGAGUAUAGAUGCUGAGUGUGUGAUAAAAAGCGGGGAGCAUAAGACACCAGUGGACAUCAUCUUUCCAGACCAGGUUCUUCUGAGAUUGCAGAUACAACAAGGUUCAGAGUAAAGAAAGAUCCACACCCUUCUGACUCCACCUCACAUCCUGACCAUAACAGGCAGCACAGAAGUCCCCUCACUCACCACUGUCAGCUGUAUGGAUAACCCAAGCUGGGCAGAAACCAAACCAGGAACUGGCUUGUGUAAGCAGCAGGGAACCAUUGCUCUUUUUGGCAACGUGGUGUACAGCGGCCUGCUCAACGAACACAUCUGGCAUUUCGGGAUACCCAUCGUCACCAGACUGGGUAACCAAGAGGCACCAGCCCCUCCUGAAGCGAUGGCCCAGCCCUACCCACCAGCCCAGUACCCCCCUCCCCCCCAGAACGGUAUCCCAGCGGAGUACACCGCCCCCCACCUUCCUCACCCCCACCCGCCAGCAGACUACACUGGGCAGAGUGCAGGGGCUGAGCACGCCCUAACGCUGUACGCAGCCACACAGACACACAGCGAACAGACCGGCAACGAGAACAACACACCCACCCUCACCGCCACUACAGUAUCGCAGGCAGAAGAGGUUGCGCAAACGGAGGGCUCCCAUCAGCUCCACCUGCAGCAGUGUGAUUCAUCAGAGAAGCAGCAGCCCAAACGGUUACAUGUCUCCAACAUCCCUUUCCGCUUCAGAGACCCAGACCUCAGGCAAAUGUUUGGGCAAUUUGGGAAGAUUUUAGACGUGGAAAUAAUUUUUAACGAGCGAGGUUCCAAGGGUUUUGGGUUUGUAACAUUUGAAACGAGUGCAGAUGCGGACCGUGCGCGGGAGAAACUAAAUGGUACAAUCGUAGAGGGACGCAAAUUUAUUCAGUAUAUCCCUUUCUCUAUCUCUUUCCCACUCUCUUUCUGUCUGUGCCAACUCAUUGUGUCUUGCCUCCACCACCCUACAGUCACAAACACUGCUACAGUCACACCACACAUAAAGGUCUAUUAUAACAGACAUGAAAGUAAUAUAAAAUAUAAAUACAGUCAUUAUAAUUCUUCCUUCCUUCCCUCCCUUUCUGUAGUGGCAGGUUUUCCCUACCCUAGUACAGGAGCGACGGUAGCCUAUCGCGGAGCUCAUUUCAGAGGAAGGGGGCGGGCCGUCUACAACACAUUCCGCGCCGCGCCCCCACCCCCACCCAUUCCUGCCUAUGGAGCUGUUGUUUACCAGGACGGCUUCUAUGGUGCAGAAAUAUACGGAGGUUAUGCAGCAUACAGAUACGCCCAGCCAGCAGCCACGGCUGCAACCGCAUACAGCGACAGUUACGGGAGAGUCUAUGCAACAGCAGACCCAUAUCACCACACGAUUGGUCCUGCGGCCACGUACAGUGUGGGUACUAUGGCUAGCCUAUACAGAGGAGGUUGCAGUCGCUUCACUCCCUACUAGAGAGAGAGAGAGGGACAAACGCCUCCCUCCUUCUGCCCCCCAGCAAAACAAACUAACAAACAAACUAAAACAUCUAUCAAACUAAACUCAUACUUCCUGGUGGAAAACAAGAACAUCUAUCAAACUAAACUCAUACUUCCUGGUGGAAAACAAGAACAUCUAUCAAACUAAACUCAUACUUCCUGGUGGAAAACAAGAACAUCUAUCAAACUAAACUCAUACUUCCUGGUGGAAAACAAGAACAUCUAUCAAACUAAACUCAUACUUCCUGGUGGAAAACAAAAACAUCUAUCAAACUAAACUCAUACUUCCUGGUGGAAAACAAAAACAUCUAUAAAACUAAACUCAUACUUCCUGGUGGAAAACUAAAACAUCUAUAAAACUAAACUCAUACUUCCUGGUGGAAAACAAAAACAUCUAUCAAACUAAACUCAUACUUCCUGGUGGAAAACAAAAACAUCUAUCAAACUAAACUCAUACUUCCUGGUGGAAAACAAAAACAUCUAUCAAACUAAACUCAUACUUCCUGGUGGAAAACAAAAACAUCUAUCAAACUAAACUCAUACUUCCUGGUGGAAAACAAAAACAUCUAUCAAACUAAACUCAUACUUCCUGGUGGAAAACAAAAACAUCUAUCAAACUAAACUCAUACUUCCUGGUGGAAAACAAAAACAUCUAUCAAACUAAACUCAUACUUCCUGGUGGAAAACAAAAACAUCUAUCAAACUAAACUCAUACUUCCUGGUGGAAAACAAAAACAUCUAUCAAACUAAACUCAUACUUCCUGGUGGAAAACAAAAACAUAUAUCAAACUAAACUCAUACUUCCUGGUGGAAAACAAGAACAUCUAUCAAACUAAACUCAUACUUCCUGGUGGAAAACAAGAACAUCUAUCAAACUAAACUCAUACUUCCUGGUGGAAAACAAAAACAUCUAUCAAACUAAACUCAUACUUCCUGGUGGAAAACAAGAACAUCUAUCAAACUAAACUCAUACUUCCUGGUGGAAAACAAAAGCUAGAACAAAACACUUCCAGCUCCAAAAACACAUGAACCCCUUGUCAAGAAUCUCUCAAAUUGAUGUCUCAUUUUAAGAGUUUUAUUUGACUAUAUGCAUUGUCUUUCAUCGCUGUAUUGUAAAUGCUUUUUUGAAUUUCCUGUAUUUCUCUGGGUUGAGAUUGAUGGUUUAUUGAAUGUAAGAAAGCACAUAGUGAGAGAGAGAGAGAGAGAAAUUGGAGAUGAGGGAAUAGGUCUCUCACUUUUCUCUCUCUUCAAUAAAUGUUAAUAUAUUGUCAUUAAUUGAACACUUUCUCAUUGACAAUAGCAUUGCAUGGUUUGGUUUGCUGCCUCUGUAUAAUGUGAGUCAUACAGAGGGAAUUCACCAACAAAAAGAGAAAUGCAGCCUCUGUAUAAUGUGAGUCAUACAGAGGGAAUUCACCAACAAACAGAGAAAUGCUGCCUCUGAAUAAUGUGAGUCAUACAGAGGGAAUUCACCAACAAACAGAGAAAUGCAGCCUCUGAAUAAUGUGAGUCAUACAGAGGGAAUUCACCAACAAACAGAGAAAUGCAGCCUCUGAAUAAUGUGAGUCAUACAGAGGGAAUUCACCAACAAACAGAGAAAUGCAGCCUCUGUAUAAUGUGAGUCAUACAGAGGGAAUUCACCAACAAACAGAGAAAUGCUGCCGCUGUAUAAUGUGAGUCAUACAGAGGGAAUUCACCAACAAACAGAGAAAUGCAGCCUCUGAAUAAUGUGAGUCAUACAGAGGGAAUUCACCAACAAACAGAGAAAUGCUGCCUCUGAAUAAUGUGAGUCAUACAGAGGGAAUUCACCAACAAACAGAGAAAUGCAGCCUCUGUAUAAUGUGAGUCAUACAGAGGGAAUUCACCAACAAACAGAGAAAUGCAGCCUCUGAAUAAUGUGAGUCAUACAGAGGGAAUUCACCAACAAACAGAGAAAUGCUGCCGCUGUAUUUUCCUCUCUUUAAGUGUGUGCUCUCAAACUCGGCUCCUGUGGGAUGUGUCUGUGAUUGCGGGAUUUAAUUCCAAUCCAUUUUCUGUACCCUUAUUGUUUCAAUUAGUCAUUUUCCCAAUAUACAUUAAGCCCGCUAAUGGUCAGCAAUUCCAGUUUAAGCAACAAAUUUCAAACUGGGUUUUAUUAAGUAAGUAAAUGGUACAGCCGGCCAAUUUCAUUCCCUUAAGGGUAUUGGCUGGACCCAAAGCCUACAGAACAGACCCAUAAUAACAAGUCUUUAGUUUGUAGACCUGAGACUUCUUAGGCUAAUGAGAGAAACAGAAACAGAAACUCACUCAGCUGGGUGGUUGUCUCUAGCUCAGUUGAUAGAUUAUGGUGCUUGCAACCUCAGGAUAGUGGGUUUGAUUCCUGUGCCCACCCAUGUGUAAAGAAAUGUAUGCACUCAUGACUGUAAGUUGCUUUGGAUAAAAGCAUCUGUUAAAUGGCUUGUAUUAUAUAUCAAGAGGAGUUUGAGCUGCAACAAAAUGGCUGACAGGAAGUAGUAUUGUAGAACUCUGCGAAGGAGGAAGUGAUGUAUGGUAGUGGAGUGGAGGAGAGCCAGAGACAGAAGAGAAAGCAAGACACUCGACUUGCUAAUUUCUCCUGAUAGGGGCAGGGCCACUCUGGCCUACUUAUUGCCCCCACCCACGGAGGCGGUGCCCCAGAGCGAGACAUCACACUGGCAAAAAAAUGUUGGUCGAGCGGAUCAGACAGGGCAGGUGGGGUGAGUGGGGAGGGGACACUAAGUAGACCAGAGCCAGCUGUACCCGCUCUCGCUUGAGCAUGCCAGAUAUUAUGGAGGAAAGCAUGCUCACGGGAGAGAGGGGAUGCCCACUUAAACAGACAGGAACCUUGACAAAAAAAAUUAAAUGGUUAACGGCCUGAGUAAACUAUCUUAUUUAACCACCAUCUUUGGGAGAGCUAUGGCAGCCAUUGCUGUGUGGCCUGGGCAGCAGCAGCAUUGUGUCAGAAAAAGAGCAUUGAUUGUGGCACUGAGCCAGAGGCAGAAAGUAUCCCAUCUCCACAGAAUGGCUUUAAAGGUACAGCACUCUAACUUUGCUUGCACCUUGAGGAAGCUAGGCAAAUUGCAACACAUUGUUUCCACACACAAACGGAAAUUGAGCGUAAAAUUUUUGCAACCAGCAAUCAGAAGGAUUUAUAUAUGUUUGACCCUUGCCCCAAUCUGCCAUUGUUGGUUGUGCUCGAGAAGGAGAUGACCACGCCUCUGAGUGACACUGAUGGAAGAGAGGGAGGCUUGCCAGCAGAAGCCAGACUGUCUUUUGUUGUCAAAUAGAAAGGCUACAUUUUCAAUGCAAUUUGUUUGCACCAAAAAUAUUUUUUUAGAUGGAUUUUAAUUUUUUCCACUAUUACUGCAGAUAUAUUAUGGACAUUUUUUAAAAUUACAAUACAAAAAUAUGACAUCAUGUUCUGUUAAAGCGGAACACAGCGUUUCUUUUACACAAUGACACUUUGUAUGGUUUCCGUUUUCCUCUACCAAAUAAGCUACAGUAUCUACAAAAUAAGCAAUAAUACUUCAUGUUGAUAUUGCUCUGCAUUCUUUCAUUGGUCAGUUGUUAUUUUCAGAAAGAGUCCUUAAAUAUCUCAAGUCAUUAUUUUUCGCCAUGCCAAAAUGAAUAAUUAACACUAUUCAACAAAGAGGAUGUUGAAGGGAAAUGUUGAUGGUUACUUGUGGUGUUAUUAAAAUGAUAGAUAUAUGAUUUAAGAGGAGCGAAAGAGCCAGGAACUCUCUUCUUCACACUCAUUUGUUUUUUAAAGCCUGCAUGCAGUCUUUCUAAUGUCAUUUUUUAAAUCAUCACUGUAUGUCUAAUAUAUCACUGUAUGUGUUUAUUUCAUUAAAAUAACUCCAAAUAUA